AUGGGACUGAAGUGGAAGAUCCAGGCUAUUAGAGCUGUUCGAUCUCUUAUCGAGCAGCACCAAUCCGGUUCUGCUAGAGAAUUCACGAAUAGCGAUCUUCUCGCCAUCUUUGUCCUUGCUAUCCAUGGUAGCAUCAACUUUUCAGACGAACCGGAGCCGCACCCGUUGUCGCCCUUUGCUACAUACCGCCACAUGCAUGUCUACGGCCGGUUGCAGCCUGGCAAGGAGCAUAUGAAUGCCAUUUAUUACAUCGUCGACCAGAAAGGUGGAAUAUCAAAUAUCGACCAGCAUGCCUUUGGCUUCGUUUUGCCCAUCCUCGAUAUGCUUUACAAUGCGCGGCUAGACACUCCCCCUAGGUACCCAUGUUUGCGCCAGCUGAAGCCAAUGGUUCAAGAAGGUCUAUGGGCCCCGGAUUUGGAAGCUCAUCAAAAGCUCAAGACCUUAGGCGAGUGCUUCCGGACAAGCUCUGAUGCAUCUUUGCCCACGGCUGCCUAUCUGGAACCCAAGAUGGUCAAGAUCCUCGAAGUCAUGGCAGAAGUAACUGUGGCCCUUGACCAUUAUUGCCGCCGCGGACCUGGAGCACCGGAUUCCCUUGAUGUGUUGGCUAAUAACUGCGAUUGGGCAUCACAUGCCAUUCUGUCACUGCCUCCCUACAUUCCAUUGGCCAUGUCUCAAAGCGACCUGGACCAGCAGCCGGAUAUUGAUACUACUACUAUCCUUCAUGAGAUAUGCCGACUUUGCACCCUUCUCUACCACGAUAUGGUCCUUCUUCCAACUCCCCCACAUACAGGAACCAAGUUACGCCACUCGACCAGAGUUUUAUGCUUGAUCCAAGUUAUACAGCGAAAAGACCCUAUAGAAGACCUGCGUGUCGUUGAUUUUUUAACUUGGGCCAUGGUUAUAGGCGGAAUCGCCGCAAGGCUCACAAAGCUUCAAGUCUCAUAUAUCAAAAUCAUUGAAAAGGUUGCACGAGACACAGCAUGGGAAGUGAUCCAUCCCCGAUGGGAGAGAUAUUUAUGGUUUAACACUGUAUGCGAUGAGCCGGCUUCGAUUAUUUGGCUGAAAGCGCAACAAGAGCGCCUUUCGGAAUAA